AUGUUCAUCACUGUAUCUAUAACACCAAUCAUCUGGUUCAAUCUUCUACUUUGCAUCGCUUCUGAUAAAAAUGAAACUUCUCAUCUACCUAAUUUCGGUGCUGAUAAAAUUGUUACAAAUAAUACUUAUUCUGGUAUCUCAGAGAAUUUUGAUUACAAUAACUUUGAGCCAUUAUUUAGCUCAGAAUUUCUGUCCGAUCCUUCGCAGUUCAUUGAUUUCGCUCAGAUGAGUGAAAUUGAGGAUAUAAGCAGUAAAGAAUCGAAUUCUGAAACUGAACUGUUCACAAUUACUCCUCAUCCUCUCUUCAUCUCAUCUAGUUAUGAUGAUUUCAUUGUCCACACUAAUUUGGAGUCAUCACUUGACUUAGAUUUCGAUUCAUACAAGAAUGUGUGGAGAGAUGCCAAUGGAGAAUUAAAAACGAAUGAUGAUAAAGCACGAUAUCCUUCCAUUAGAGAUGCUCAAAGUGAAACUUCUUCGUCACUUAAUGUCAACACCGAUGACAUUAUCACAUGUAUGUACUUACCUGGUUCACAACAAAAUGCGGUUCCGAUCUAUUUUCACCAACUUACUCUUUCCUCGGACGAUACAUUCAGUCAACAUGGAAAUACUAAAGAGAGCAACAUCGAUAACAAACAAUUCCUGAAUAGCUUGAGUAUCCACGACUGCAGGGGAAGUACCAAUGAAGGAUCAGAAACAGACGAACGAAGCUACGAAUGUGUCUAUCGAGGAUGUACUAUGGUCACAAAAGAUUACAAUGAAUAUAUAGCACAUAGAAGAGCACAUGGUCAACCCUUCAUCUAUGAAUGCAAAGUGCUCCGUUGCGGGCGAACAUACAAAAAUAAAUCAUCGUUUUGUCAACACAAGCAAACGCAUGAACCUCCUCAGUGCAAGGACUGUGGCAAAUUCUUUUGCCGUAGGACUGCAUUAAAUUUUCACAAGAAAUCGUGUUCCAGAGCUCCUAAAAACGGGACACAAUUUGGGCAUUCUUCGCAAGCAUGA